UUUAUUCUAAAUGGGAUGUGACAACAAGAGUAGAAGUAUGAACGAGAUGUGAUGAUUUCUGUGUUUUGAUCACGAAAUACUGUUGAGAUUAGUGCAAAUAUUAAAAUAAGUUAUUUCUAUAAUGUGGUGACAAAUUUUCCUGUAGUGAAAGAGUGUUUCAUAUUUACUAAAUAGUUCUAUUUCGUAGGAAGGCUCCGACUUUGCUCCAAUUUAGCUUGUAAUCAUUUACAAGUGUUUGUUGAUCGAUUAUUGACACGAUAUUAUUAAGUUUACUCUUAAUUUCGAACGAAUUAACGAAAAUGGGUGAGAAAGAAGAUUAUUUGACGUCGUACCGAGUGUUUUUUGAAAACUUUGCGGCUACUGUUAACCCAGAGGACCAGUUGCCCGUGCAUAUCGCAGGGUAUACCAUCACGGAAUCGGAACUACCCGGUGAAGUUCUCUACUGGACAACUCAAUAUCUGAGUGAAAAACAAUGUCCUCUGACACUGAUGACACCGCUGCGGCGGAUUAUUCUUGACGAGGUGCGAGUAGCAUCGAAGAAACAACCCAAUGAAUUUGGGUACAAAUCUGACGAAUCAGUGUACAUAGCCCUUCGGUUGAUGCAAGCAGUGACUGCCCGCGUCAACGACGUCUGCCUCCGGUACUUAGACAACUCGAAACUGGACACCCUCCCACCCCCACCGCCUCUCGACCAACGCGACCUAAAGACUGUAUCAUGUGCCACCAAGAAUUCACGACGCGUCAUGGAAGACCGACAUGUGGAAAUCGGAAAUUUAGAAGCGCUUUUUGGAAUUAAUGCGACAGAAUCGACAAGCUUCUAUGCAGUGUAUGACGGGCACGCCGGCUCAGCGGCGGCGACCUACUGCGCAGCGCACCUACACCAGUACCUGGUAGAAAGUCCACACUUCACCAACGACCUUCGCAGAGCCAUGAGGGACGCCUUCCUCAGGACAGAUGCAGAGUUCAUACGGAAGAGUAAUCAGGAGCGUGCUUGCGGCGGCAGCACGGCGGUGGCGGUGGCGGUCCGCGGGCGGCAGCUGCUCGCGGCCUGGGCCGGGGACUCGCUGGCGCUGCUCGCUAAGCGCAUGCGCCUCAUGCAGCUCGUCCGACCGCACAAACCUGGACGACAGGAUGAAAGAGACAGAAUAGAAUCUUCGGGCGGCACAGUAAUGUAUUGGGGUACUUGGAGAGUUAACGGUCAACUGGCGGUCUCUAGAGCAAUCGGUGACGCACAAUACAAGCCCUACGUGACGGCGCGGCCUGAGAUCGCGACCGUGGAGCUGGACGGAGACGAAGACUUCGUGGUGGUGGCCUGUGAUGGUCUGUGGGACUUCGUCAGUGAAGACGACGUAGCCCUUGCAGUGUACAGACAGCUGGCCGCUGAUCCUGAUGACUUGAAGGCGGUGACGAAGCGUCUGAUCGUGCAGGCCAAGCGGCAGGGCUCCGCCGACAAUAUCUCCAUAAUCGUGGUGUUCUUGAAGGACCCGCGUGACAUAGCCGCAGACAACCGCCCGCCCAUGGAUCUUGGGCUGGACAACGCGAUGAUGAACGCUCCGCCGUUCACCAUCGAGACGGAGGCGUGCCGGCGUCAAGUAGACGCCGCAGCGGCCGCCGCAGCAGCCGAAGCCGAGGAGUGCGCGGAGGCCGAGGCCGAGGCUAUAGCCGGUGACAACGGAGUGGACAACUCUGACAGUGACAGCGAGGACCUUGGUCCCGAGACCGCCGUGGAUAUUGACGCAGAUGACGUAGACACAGACGCAAGGAAUCUGGAACCACAGGCGCCCACUCCGCCCGCACACGCUGUGGAGGAGGGCCACGUUGACGGUUCUGUAGCGGAUAAUGUAGCUGAGAGUGGCGAGGACUCCGAAGACGAGUGGAACUACUUCAAAGGCGAGGGUGAACGCGAGGAACAUCCUAGCGAGGAACCCGACGAGGUGCCGCACUCCGAGACACCCUGCCAGGAUAAUUCGGCUUGGGAAAGCAGCUCUGUAGACAUGAACAGCUCUCCGUUGAAUCCUGACGCCCCUGUGUUCAUACCAGGGAGCGUGGCUGGUGCUGACGUCUUGCUUGCAGAGUCACCUCGGAAACCAUUGCCGAUGGAUGACAUAGAGCUCCCAGACGAGGCACAGUUUGACACAGGAGCUGUAGUGAGGCCAGCAGAACUAUUAGACUUGGAUAACUGUGAUCAGCUUAAUGGCCAUCAUAAUGUAUCACUAGACGAAGCUGUUAAAGAACACUUGAAUGGCAAUGAGAAGUGUAACAUGGACAGUUUGGGCUUUGGAUUCAAUGUUGGCAUUGAACCUGAUAAAGUCAAGGAUAGUGGUCUCAUACAGGACUUUGAGCGAAUACAAAAAGACACUACUGACUUUUGUAAUAUUCAGGUAUUUCAAACACACACAGAAACCAAUCCGUUUGCUGUUGAAGUUGAGGGCAAUGAAGAACUAUUUGAAAGGCUGAAAAAUAAAGAAAGGGACCCAAUGAGUAUGAGCUUCUACCAAGAAAAAGAUGAUGACACUUGUGAGAGACUUACCAAGGAGUCACAUGUGGAUCUGAAUGCUGUUCAGCCCUUACCUGACAGUGAUGAUGAAGAUUUCCAACAAAACGGUGUUUAUGAAAACGACAAAGAAAAUAUCAGCCCAGAGCAACAAACUAACUUAUCUGAACUUGAAAGAGAUCUCCUAGAACCAAACAAUGACAUUAUGAGGUUUGAUGACCGACCUGAUCCCCCACAAAACAUUGGUAACUUUGAUCAAGGAAGUAAUUUCGCAGAUUACAAUGUCACUAGCUCUAACAAUAUUGAAAGCUUUUCAAAUAUUGAAUUUGAAUCAAGUAAUAUCAAUCAAGAAACUGUUAUGCAAACAGACACCCCUGAAUCUCACAAGUUGCUCUUUGAACAAAUACCUGAAAUACCUGAUGGCAAGAGUUCAGAAUUAGGAUUUACAAAUGAUGAGACACAAGACCCCUCAGAGAGUGAGAAAGAUAUCCGACCUUUCACACCUCAAGAUGAAACAUCACAAGACAUUGAAAUGGAAAGCAAACUUGAAGAUUCACCUUGUGUAGAAACUGAACCACAGUUACAAAACGAUGACAUGAAGGAUGAUGAUCAAGUAGAAUCUCACCACUUGCUUGAAACAGAGCAAGUGGCUUCUCCUGUACCUACAGAUAUUCAACAAGCACAUUCUACUGAACAGCUUCCAGUAUCUCCAGCUCCUAUUGAGGAAUCUAAACCCGAGGAAGCAGUAUCACCUGUCCCAGUCACAGAUAUUGAUGAAGUUGUUGCAGUAGAAGAUGCUGAACAACCCAAACCCGAGGAACCAAUUAGUGAACAAGUCGACACUGAAAUAGAAGCCAAUGUCAAUGUUGAUGAGGGCAUUGAAAGUACUGAAACAGAGGCUGCCCUUGAAGCGCCUGAAAUUAAACUCGAUACUGAGCACCUAACAUCGGAAGUUGCCCAAGCUGUUGAAGAUGAUAUUACCGCAGAGUCUCCUUUGCCGUCCAAGUCGCCACUUCCAGCUGAGACUCUUCUUCCCAGUGAGUCUCCAUUGCCGACGGAGUCCCCUCUACCCAGCGAGUCUCCGAUUCCGAACGAGUCACACUUACCAGUUGAAGAGACAAUACUUCGAGAUAGUCCUUUGCCAGCAGAGUUAUCCCUGCCAUCGGAAUCACCCCUCCCAGAGGAUACACUCCUGCAAGCAGAAACUGUACAAGUUAGUGAAUCACCUAUGCCAGGAGAUUCCCCAUCUCCAUUACCAAGUGAGGUAAUUCCACCAAAAGGGUCACCACUGCCAAUGGAGUCUGAAGAGCCCAGAGAAGAUCCUGUGCCAGUAGAAACCUUGCAGCCCACUGAGUCUCCACUUCCUGCACAAUCGCCACUACCUACAGAGUCUGAGGUAUUGCGCGAAUCUCCGAUGCCGAGUAAAUCACCACUGCCCAGUGAACCCGUGUUACUUAGUGAGUCCCUAGCGCCGAGCGAGUCUUUGUUGCCGAGUGAGUCCCCAUUGCCGGCAGAAUCUCCUUUACCGAGCGAGUCACCGAUGCCUAGUGAACCUCCAGUCAUAGAGGAACCUGUUCAACCAGUUGAAGCAGAAGUUAUCGAAACUGCCGCCGACGCCGCGCUUGCCGCGUCCCCAGUUCCGGCUGCAUCUCCUCUGCCGGCUGCAUCCCCUCUGCCGGCCGACGUGCCGCUGCCGCGCGAGUCCCCGCUGCCUGCUCAGUCCCCGCUGCCGGCGGAAUCCCCAGUGCCGGCGGAGUCCCCAGUGCCGGCGCAGUCCCCAGUACCCGCGCAGUCGCCAGUGCCCGCGCAGUCCCCCGCGCCGGUGGAGCCCGAGUGUCCCGUGGCCGAGCCGGCCGCCCUGGCCGAGCCCCGCGCGGAGUCCCCGCUACAGCGCGCCGUCUCGCCUGUACUGUCUGCCGCGCCUGCGCCUGACCUACUGCCCGAAGAGCCCGCGCCGCACUCUCGCCUCGAGCUGGUUACUGAUGUCGAUAUCGGUAUACCUGAAUCGAGAGCACAAGAAAUUUGUGUGCCUGUCACUAGUGAGAUUCAGCUGGAAGAAGCAGUGCAACCUCCCGCGGCCGCCACGCCGCCCCCCACGCCGGCCGUGGAGCCCGCCGCGCCCCUCAGCGACACGCCCAUGGCGGCCGACACGGCGUCCCCGGCCGCAGACGUAGCAGUCGCGGCCGCCGCCGUCGCAGCCGUCGGUGCCGCAGCCGCCGCCGCCGGCGUCGCUGCCGCCAAAGCUAAACCUACAGCCGCGAAGAAGUCGCCCACGACCCCCACGGCCAAGACGCCCAAGGCUGCACCCAAGUCGGCCACUCCGGCUCGUACUCCUACAGCCUCUACUCCUGCACCAAUAAAGAGGCCCAGCACUGCGACUACUGCUGCGCGUACACCAACCAGCAAGGCUCCAACGCCUGCGGCUAAGGCGCCUUCAGCGACUAAGACGACGAGCGCGGCCAAGCCCGCCACCCCCGCCAGCAAGCCCGCCACGCCCGCGGCGCGCAGCACCCCGGCGGCGCGGACCACGCCGGCCAGCAAGGCGCCCACCCCCGCUAAGGCGGCACCCGCCGCGCGCACGUCGCUCAGCAAGCCCGCUGCAGCGCCGGCCAAGCCCGCCCCCACGGCGGCACGCGCCACCAGUGCGACCAGCCGCGCGGCUCCCGCGGCCCGGCCGGCCCCCAAGCCCGCAGUAGGCGCAGCGCGGCCCGCAGCACAAAAGACUGAUGCGGCCGCCAAGCCCGCGGCGACCCGGGUUGCGGCUCCGCGUCCCGCGCUGUCGGCGCCCAGGCCCCAGCCCAAGCCGGCAGACAAGAAGCCAGUACCGAAUGGUGACGUGAAAGACUCCAAGCCAGCCGCGCGGCCCGCGCCCCGGCCGGCCGCGGCCGCGCGCCCCGCGCCGCGCCCCACUCCCCGCGCCCCCGCCGCACCGGCCGCACCCACUACUAGGCCGAGUGCUCCCAAGCCGGCGCCGCGUGCUCCCCUGGACAAGCAGAGCAAGGACCUCGCUAACAAACGCAUCACAGCCAAGGCAGCACCGCCUAGGACUGCUCCCCCUAAGACGACAACGACGACAACAGGCCAAAAGAAGGCCGUAACGAAGAGAACAACAACCGAGGCAGUGAAGAAGGAGGUGGUAUCGAACGGGCUGUCCAACGGCGACGCGGCGCUGAGCAAGCCGCCGCCGAGCCCGCCCGCCGCCGACAACGCGCUGCUGCCUGACGUCAUCGCGUAGGCGCGAUACAACAAACGAUUCCUAUUAUUUCCGCUUGAAUUUUGUGAUUUUCUAUAAGUGUAUGAUAGUUUUAACGUCGUUCGUGGCGGCGAGUCGUUAGGUGCGGGAGUUUGCUCCCACUUUUAUAUUAUAGAGUCGCUUUUUAUAGACGUGUACGUUGCCGAUUCGUUGUUCGCGGAGCGGGGCGAGUGGCCACACAGUCGCGGCCACUCGCCCCGUUCCGGCUUUAAACGGUUAUUAUCCAUUAUAAUGAUUAUAAGUCUGUUUUAGAAUUUUAUAUUACCAACGAAUGAUUGAUUAAAUCUGGCUUUUAAUUUAUUUUCUUUGUAUAACCGUAUUAUUUAAAUAAAAUGUGAGGAAGGACUGAGACAUUGUUUUAUUUAUGAGUAAAUAAAUUUUAUUACACCGGACACAGUGAAUGAUAUUGAGACACGAUUGGAAUUAACAUUGUUUACUUAUUGCUAGUGCUUUCUUUGAAAUUUCAAAGUCAAUGUAUACUUAAAAUAUGGUGUUACAAAGAAAACUGGAACAUAGUAUGUUACUUAAAUAAAUGUUUAUCACCCUU